UACCACAGUCACCUGUUUCUGUAAGCAGUGAGCGAGAAAAUGUGUAGCUGAAGUUCUUCCCGACUCAUAGAAUAAGCUACGAUAACACCCGCAUGACUGCUGCAAGCACGAACAUAACAAGCUUCGUUCUGUGAGAGCGAGUAUGUAGUCAUCUAGGCUCAUAUACUCAAACUGUAACUCAAUUAGAAGUGGAUAGCGCCUGAAAUGAGAUUCGUAGCUAGCUUCUCUCUAGUUAGUGGAGUUUUGUUGUGCUUUAUUAUUGGAGUAAAGCUCAGUGGUCUAGCAGCUCUUCAGAUAACACGUAUGUCUGUUCCUCCUUGGAUCCAAAGCGGAAGCCAAGAAGCGGUAGUUUUAGAUUGUGAGUACAAUCUCACUGAAAAAGAUAAAUCGAUGGUUGUUAAAUGGUUCUUGAAUAACGACCCAGAGCCAAUUUACCAAUGGAUUCCUGAGUUGAACUCUAGACACGUUUCUUAUCGUUUAGAAGGAAGAGUCAAUAUGAACUAUACAGUAUCUCCGUCCGGCGAUUAUACCAAGUAUCGUGCUAUAAAGAUCCUUAGACCUACUAUAGAUCUAAGUGGUAUGUACACGUGUACAGUUGGAUCCCUGUCAGGCACAGAUUCCAAAGAGAAACAGAUGAUAGUUUAUUCUCCCCCAACUGUAUUCACCCUGAAUUCUACGUACAUAUCAUCCGAUCAUGAACAGAUAAGGUGUCAGGUUGAAGGAGUAUUUCCACUACCUCACUUAACUUUGUACGAGGAGAAGAGUCCCUCGUCGUCUCGACUGUUGACGUCUAAUUUGAAACACAAUAAGAAUCAGGACAGGACAGGUGCCUAUAGCGUAGAGAUUUUAAAGGAUCUGACCAUGGAGGAUUUGAGGGGAGAUGAACCGAAGAUUUUUAAGUGUCUACUAAGUAUACCAGAAACCGAAUAUAAAGCAGAGAAAUCUCUAGUUUAUUAUCCAGCUUCCACAGACGCGCAAGACGUUCCUCUGUAUAUGAGUGUGACUCUUUUGACAUCUUUACUGUUUCUUUACUUACUGGCAUGAAAUGCGGAGGAAAUGUUCUGAAGAAGAAAAUGUGAAGAUUGUUGUAAAAAAAGUCUGAAAAUAGAUUUGGAUUCAUAUCUAGACACAACAGUCAAGUGAAUAUAAAUGUAAAUGUUGCUUUGCUGAACUUUAAAAUGUGUUAUAUUCAAUAACAAAAGGGUUUCCAUCAUUUGUUAACAAAUACUAGCUUCCGCUUCUCCCCGUGUGUUCGUUACAAGUCGCCGACGUUUCACUGUAGUGAUUAUAUGAUGAUUGAUAAAAAUAUCUCGCUGUAUGGUUAAUCUAAAUCUUUGGGUUUUCACCGUUAUUGAAUUUGGUUAUUGUUUGUUACGAACUGUUCAUACAGCUAAAUAAAUACCAGGAACAUUUCAUGGUUUUUGUUUUCAUUCUUCUGUACAAGUAUCUUAUUUAAUUAUUUAAUAUUUGUACAGAGAUUGGAAUGAAAGAUAAUUCCAAUUUUAACUUAAUCAAAAGAGUAUGAAAUGAGAUAUCAGGAAUUUCGUAGUUAAUUGAAUGUGCCCCAGUGUAAAGAAAAACGAAAAAGAGCUAAGGUUUGCACUAAAUCGUUUUAUCUGCGAUACAAAAAUUUGAAACCACAUUUUCAAUACUACAAAUACUUUAAAAUAAACCCGUUGAACUUAAAAAAAUAUCAUCAUACACUCGUUUCGUCUAUUUUAUCUCUUACAUAAUGAGUAUUAUAAUUUAUACCACGGUCCAUUUCUUGACUGUUUUGUUUAUUGCGAAUUGAAUUGCUUAAAGAUUUUCUUAGGAAUGAAAAAUAUAUCAUGGUAUUUUUUACCACUGAUCAAACUACUGAAUGAAAAAAAUAUAGCACUGAUGAGAUGCGAGAUAAUGACAUACAUAUAAAUAGAACAUUCGUAUAUUUGAAAAUUAAUUGUGUCAUGGCAAACUGCAUCCUUCCAGACAAUUCUGAACUAGUCGUUUUAUAAGUUCAGAUCAGCCAUUAGGAUUUAUAUUCAAACUUUCUAAACGUUUUAACAAAGUCAGCUACUAAAUGUUAUAAGAACGUUAACUAGAAGCCACAGAUAGUUUCUACCUCUUCAAGAUACCUUCCUCAAUAUGCGGAUUUGUUAUUCAUGAAAGUGAUUGAUGUUGUCAUGUAGAUGACAUUUAGAUUUGGGUUAGUUCCAUUACGAAGGAUAAUGUUUUUUCCCACAGAAUGAAGUCUUUGCACAUACUGUUGUAACUGUAAUGAUGAAUGUGAACUACAUUCACUCAAAGCGAUGGUUUAAAAUCUUAUAAUUUGCACUCAACUGCAUUUCUGUAAAAAGUUGUAAUAGCGACAAAUAUCAACAGAAAAGCACAUUUAUCGUUUCAUGACCGUUAUCCUUCUAUACAUUUUUAAUGCUCUUAUGUAUUUUUUUUUGUAUUGAAUAAUCAUUUUUCAUUGGCAAAACUGUUUUAAACAAUCGUGUUUAGUGUUUAUGUUCGGUACAUACGAAUACAUUCGCUAAUAACCCAAAUUGAGAUUAAUUUCAUGAAUAUCCUUUAUAAUUAAACAGUUAGUAAAAGACAGUUUGUAAAUGAAAAAUGUAUCAAAAAGAGUGCAAAAAGGGAUAUAGGAAUGGUACAGUUAUACACAGAUCAUCCCUACAUGAUAUUCAAUUUCAAUAUUAAAAUAUAAUGUUACACUGUCGAAUGCACCAGUGCAAAAUGGUUACGAGGCUGGUCAAUUCGUUGUACGUCAAUUUUCCUUGUACAUAAUUCUUAGGCUCUUAGUUACACUACAUUGAUACCUACCCUGACAAGACCAUGAUAUUAUGAUAAACAAACGGUCAGGAAUAUAUAACUUUCAACUGUAAUAUGCAGUCAAUUGUGU